UCGACUCCCUCCGUUCAGUCUGCCCUGGUGCCUCUCAUUCAUCUUUACCUUUUCUAAAGCUCUUAUCUUCUUCCCAAUCUUCGUAACCAAUGGCACCGAAGGCUGAGAAGAAGCCCGCCGAGAAAAAGCCAAUGGCGGAAAAAUCCCCAGCGUCGGCAGAGAAAAGGCCAAAGGCGGAGAAAAAGAUCUCAAAAGAAGGCGUAGAAAAAAAGAAGAAGAAGAUCAAGAAGAGCACGGAGACUUACAAGAUUUACAUUUUCAAGGUCUUGAAACAGGUUCAUCCUGAUAUUGGGAUCUCAAGCAAGGCCAUGGGGAUCAUGAACAGUUUCAUCAACGAUAUCUUUGAGAAGCUGGCUCAGGAGUCUUCGAGAUUGGCUAGGUAUAAUAAGAAGCCGACGAUUACAUCAAGGGAGAUCCAGACAGCUGUGAGAUUGGUUUUGCCUGGAGAAUUGGCGAAACAUGCUGUCUCUGAAGGAACCAAGGCGGUUACCAAGUUUACCAGUUCUUAGAUUGGUUUGUUUUUGGCUAAAAAUACAAUUAGCAUAUUCGGUUUCGGAUUUUAGGGUUUUUUUUUUUUAAAUGAUGCUUUAAUGUUGUAGUUGUAAUGGAUAGAAAAUUGGAAAUGGAAAUCUGUUGGAAAAUUUUUUUGA